CUCACUCAUCGCCGUCUCUCUCUCUUCUUCCCUCAAUCAUCCACGGUCCUUUGCUUCAGCCAUGUCGGCGGCGGUCCACCCGCUCAACCCUCACCAUAUUUCUCAUUAUUCUCGUUCAAACUUGCCCGCAGUAACUCAAAGCAUCGCUGGGCCCAGCGUCAUGGCCAAUGCGUCUCCAGUCACAACCAGGAAGCGCAAACGCGCCCACCAAUACACCGUCAGCUACAGCGAAGUCAAGGAGCUCGACAGCGACGGCAAGGUCAGGGAGGUCAUCGUCAUCGAGGACACUCCCCCUCCACCAACUCUCUCACCCGCCACGACACACAACGGUGGUUACUCAGCCUCCUACCAGCCUCCAGCGUUAGCUCCUAUCCGCACACGAGCAAGAGCAGCAGCAGAGGCUCAGGCAAUGUCUUCGAGCUCUUCGUCCGUCCUGACAGCCCCCGCUCCAAAGAAGCGAAAGCGGGAUCACCAGGAUGAGGUCCGUGCGCCCCCUGCAAAGAAAGCCGCUGCUGGUGGCCAACAGUCCAAUGCAACCAAUGCCGCCAAUGCAUGGGACAACCGGACCGUUGCUGCUACCGACGACUCAUCUAAAGGCGCUCCUCCAUGUGACGACAAGGAGGGCCACUACAUCAUUGUCCCAGACGACAUGAUUUUCAAGCGCUAUCGCACGGUGCGGCUGCUAGGACAGGGCACCUUCGGUAAGGUGGUGGAAGCCAUUGACACACAAACGAACAACCGCGUUGCUAUCAAGAUUAUCCGGGCCAUCCCUAAAUACCGCGACGCAAGUAAGAUUGAAGUGAGGGUCCUCCAGAAACUCAAGGAGCGUGAUCCUCUCAACCGAAACAAAUGUAUUCACCUCCUACACUGGUUUGACCAUCGCAACCAUAUAUGUCUCGUCUCCGAGCUUCUGGGGAUGUGCGUCUACGAUUUCUUGAAGGAGAACGACUUUGCUCCCUUCCCCCGGCACCACAUCCAAGAUUUUGCCAGACAAUUGUUCGGCAGUGUCGCAUUCCUGCAUGAACUCAGGUUGAUCCACACCGACUUAAAACCCGAGAAUAUCCUUCUCGUCCACAAUGACUACAGAACCAUCAAUGUACCUAUCCCUGGCAAGCGCAACGGUGCCACAAAACCCAAGAAAAUCCUCAACUCGACAGAGAUUCGCUUAAUCGACUUUGGCUCAGCGACCUUCGAGUCAGAAUACCACUCCACGGUGGUAUGCACGCGUCAUUACCGUGCACCCGAGAUCAUUCUUGGUCUUGGUUGGUCGUUCCCCUGUGAUGCUUAUUCGCUAGGGUGCAUCCUCGUCGAGUUCUACACAGGGUUGGCACUGUACCAAACCCACGACAACCUGGAGCACUUGGCGAUGAUGGAGAUGGUCAUGGGCAAAAUGCCUGAACGGUUCGCUCGAGCUGGUGCUCGUUCCAAGCCCGAGUUCUUCAAAGAAGGCGCCAAACUCGAUUGGCCGAAGGCAAAGUCAACACGACAAAGCAAGAAAGACGUCAAGUCAACUCGUCCUCUGGCGCUGACGGCACGACAGGAUGUCAUCCCCCCAUAUGACCACAUCAACCGACAAUUCUUGAACCUGGUGCAGAAGCUACUGGCCUUUGAUCCAGCACAGAGGAUCACUGUCAGAGAAGCGCUCGCCCACCCCUACUUCUCUCUGACAAUACCGGAAGAAAACUAAGCCCGGACUACUUCCUCUAUUUUUUGCUUUGCUUUCUCCUCGUUUCCAUCGCCUCAUCAUUGUUCAUUGUGCCACUAUCAACAGUCAAAGAUUCGCAACACUGUAACACAAAGAAGUCACGACGCCCGGCUCCAGGACCACCGACGUCUUGGAAGCAUGUCCACCAUGGAUGACACCUUUUUUUGCCCCAGCUGGCUUGUACUACAUUAUGCAUUCAUUUAGAUCAUCACCUAUCAGAUGAACAACCGGUCGCUCAUUACAACAAACCCAGUAACCCUCGUUCGUCCCCCGCCUUUCAUCUUCCUUCUUGCAUCCACUGGCCACAUAUCUUGCUUAGGGCGGCGCCAUUUUCUACAAACCCCCUCGUUCGCGUCUGGUAACAACGAAACGGACUCCUUUGUCCCUUAGCCUUGUAUACUGUUCCCUCUCAACCCUCGUUUUGUUUUAAUAUUUCCUUAUUCUUAUACUUGGAACUCGACCAUUCCCCGUUCGUUUCUUCUCUCUAUUCACGUUUUUCUCUUCUCUUUCUGGUUGCCUGGAUGCGUUUAAUCUGAUACGAUCUCGACGUUUGUGUAUAAAUAUAGUCAAUAAUAGAGCGGCCAAGUCCCGGAAACCGUCAAAC